AAAAAUACCCCUGUGCCCCUGAGCUGAUGAUGGGUGUGUCCUGCAGGAUGCUGAGUCUAUAAGCUCUUAGUUGGCUGUCUCCAGAUUUAGUAGGACUGCGCUCGUUUCAAGGGAAUAAAAAAGCAGCAGGUGGGUCAAAUAGACAGACAUUUGAUAUGGAUACGAGAGGUGACGUCGUAGAGGAUGAAAAGCAGGAGGCAGAUGUGGAUGAAGAAGAUAAACAGAAGGAAGCAGAUGAGUCACAGAAGGAGGACUCGUCAGCGGGGACGCAACAGAAGCUCUCAGCCUGUGCUCCACGUUAUUACUACACACUAUGUAAAGAGGUGUACAGCUUCGUGGGGCAGGAGAUCACUAUCAACGAGGCUCUCGACUCCUAUGCAGGCAUGAUAUGGCCUGCUGCUUCAGCUCUCUGUCACUACCUUGAAACUCAUCAAGACCAGUGGAGUCUCGCAGACAGAGCAGUGCUGGAGAUUGGAGCAGGGACUGGCCUUGUGUCUGUCGUAGCAGCGCUUCUCGGUGCCUGGGUCACAGCCACAGACCUCCCGGAGGUUCUGAGCAACCUGCGACACAACCUGUCCAGGAACACCAGGGGCCGAUGCAGAUACACUCCCCAGGUGGCAGCUCUGUCCUGGGGAUACGACCUUGAGAAACCCUUCCCUUCUUCUGUCUACAAAUACAACUACGUGCUGGCAGCCGACGUGGUCUAUCAUCACGACUUUCUGGAGGAACUCCUGGCCACCAUGAAGCAUUUCUGCAAACCAGGAACGACCUUGAUCUGGGCCAACAAGGUCAGGUUUGAGACUGAUCUGACUUUCACAGAGAACUUUAAGAAGGCCUUUCACACGAGUUUACUCUCUGAAGAUGGAGAGAUGAAGAUCUUUAUGGCAACGAGUAGGGAAGAGACAUGAAUAGAGUAGGCAAAUAUGUUACAGGCUUUAAACUCCUGCCAGAGACUGCUUUCAUUUCUGCCUAGAAGUUAAAGGGCUUGGUCAAACAUAAUCAUGCAACAAUGAGCCUACACCAAUAUCAGAUCAGCGGCUAAAAGAAGAGUGCAACUGUGUUUUAUGAACACAUUACCUGCAUGUUUCAUUUUAUUACUUACACAUUACCUGCAUGUUUCAUUUUAUUUACGUACACAGGUUUUCUUAUCCUAUAACCAAAAGUCCAGAUAUCUGGGAUUCACAUUUUACACAAGCCUUUAAAUUACAGUUAAUUAUAUACAAAAGUCACAAUUACCUAGAAACUAAAUUACUUGUCUCCACUCACUUACUUUCUCGGUCAUUUCCUUGUUGGUUUGAAGGACUGCCAGGUUUUAUGCGUUUUAUACGUACAUCAUUUUAUGUGUGUGUAUAUCCAAAUCUUUAUAAUAUUGUAGUUUGGUCUCCCUACAACUGAAUGUAGUCGCUGUUACAAGCCCAUACAUCCCGUUUUGAGUCUUUUUUUUGUUUGUCUUUAGUUAGUUCCGUUUGUUUGUUUUUCCUUAAAAAAAUAUAAAUGUACGCAGGUUUUGUUUCUUUCAACAUUACACAACUAUAGGGCAACAGCUAUGUUUUGACAUGCUGAUGUUUUUCUUUCUCCCUGACAAUAAUUGUAAACCAAUUGUACACCAGCUGUGUAUGUAAGAUGUGAGGAUAAUAAAGAAAAAAAAAAAAAAUAAAUAAAAAAAAUUAGUUAAUCUGAAAAAAAGAAAUAACAAAAAUCCAUCUUGCAUGAUGGCACUGCUUUGGAUAAAAAUAAAUAUUUUUAAAAACAAACUUUCUUUUACCCUUAAUUUAAAAUGUUUGUCAAAUAAAACCAAUAUCAAGAAUUGUACAGUCAAGCAUUCAUCAGUGAUAAAUAUGUAAUGAAUUCUUUACUUUCAGAAUAAGCAGCUACCCGCCUAAAUUUCUGCUGGAACAUUUGGAUCUUUCAGGCUCUUAAAUGUGAGUGUCGGAAUAAAUUAUUUGUUGUAUCAUCAUCAACAAAACACGGUUUAUGGAUAAAAGGACUAUAUUUUAAUGGUGGAAGAAGAAUAUGAGCACGUCUUCGAGUCUGUUCAGUUAUGUGAUGUUUUCAGUAUGUAAAUUGCAUUUUAAACAUUUGCCACAAAUAAAGUUUU